CCCCGGCGGUUGCCGUGGAGACGCGUCGGCGGGGCCGGGCCGGGAGCGCCGCCAUGAGCGCGGGACCGGCAACGGGAUCAGGGCCGGGACCGGGAUCGGGAACGGAAUUAGGACCAGGACUAGGACCCGGACUGGAAUCAGGAUCGGGACCGGGACCAGCACCGGUACCGGCCCUGGGACCGGGACCGGGGCCGGGGCCGGGUCUGCCCUUCCUCCCCGGCUGUGCCGUCAGGGACCCCACGAGAACAUCUUUUCAUCGGUCCCACACACUGGGCUUCAGAAAUGGAUAUGCCUUUUCCCAGCUGCCAAGGGAGGGGAUUGGCGGGGAGACAAUCUUCCCAAAUCUGCUCUCUCAAGAUCAGCUGGAUGAUUUAUGCACAAAGGGACCCACCCUGACCUACGGGCCAGCCAAGAAGUCUCCACCUCCACCCUUCAUGCCGUCAUACGUGGCUUUUGACAAACAGGUUUUGAAGUUCGAUGCCUAUUUCAAGGAAGAAGUUCUUACCUCUGCAGAGGAGCAUUACCGGAUCCGCCAAGUGGGCAUCUACUACUACCUGGAAGACGACAGCAUGUGUGUCAUAGAGCCUGUGGUGAAGAACUCUGGGCUCAUUCAGGGCAAACUUAUGAGACGCCACCGGGUGCCCAAGAAUGACCAGGGGGAUUAUUACCACUGGAAGGACCUGAAUCUGGCCACGAACAUCACCAUGUACGGCAGGACGUACCGCUUAGUCGACUGCGACUCCUUCACCAAGGUGUUCAUGGAGAGCCAGGGAAUUGUACUGAACCCUCCAGAGCAAUUGGUUUCGGAUCCUUACAUAGAACAGCGCCGGACGCCUGUGCAAAAGCCCAUUGUGCCAGCAGGUCCCGACCCACUCUGGCAGUUCCUGACCUACGACACAAAGGUCCUUCGCUUCUACGCCAUAUGGGAUGACACAAACCACCCUUUUGGUGACCAGCAUCGUUGCAUCAUCCAUUACUUCUUGGCAGAUGACACAGUGGAGGUUCGGGAAGUGUACAGUAGAAACGAUGGGAGAGACCCAUUCCCAGUCCUGAUGAAACGCCAGCGCUUGCCCAAAACCCUCGCAGAAAAGAAAAUGGGCUUCCCAAGCUGUGUGCUGGAGAUCACUAAUGAGGAGGUACUUGAGUGGUACUCACCCAUAGAUUUUGCUAUUGGCAAAACCAUCACCCUCCUUGGACGCACCUUCUUAAUCUAUGAUUGUGACAAGUUCACACAGAACUUCUAUCGGGAAAAAUUUGGGAUCACAGACUUCCAGCCACUGCAAAUCAGUGAGAAACCACUCGAAAAAGUUCCACAGGUAAUUCCUCCCCAUAAUGGUUUUGGCAUGCCUGAAGACUCUCUCCAGAACUGCCUCCGCCUGAUUCCGAAGCGUCCACAGAAAGAUGUUAUUAAGAUGCUGGAGAAUGAUCUCAAGGUCCUGCGGUACCAGGCGGCCCUGGAAUCACCAGUCCCUGAGGACAGAAAUCGUCGUUUCAUCCUCUCUUAUUUCCUCUCUGAUGACACGAUCAGCAUCUAUGAACCCCCAAUCCGAAACUCUGGCAUCCCUGGAGGCAAAUACUUAAAAAGGACCAGAGUUGCCAAGCCAGGGUCUACUCCAGAGGAUCCCAUAUACUUUCAGCCCUCUGACUUCACCAUUGGCUCUACAAUUGAAGUGUUUGGCCACAGGUUUGUUAUCACUGAUGCUGACGAAUAUGUGCUUAAUUACUUGGAAAGAAACGCAGAGAGUUUCCCUGCAACAACACUGCAAUCCCUGAGGGAUCAUUUUCGCCCACGGAAGGCAGUAAAGGACACUGUCAACAAUGACAUCCCCAAGCAGGCCCUGGAUGACUUAAUUGAGGAGGUUCAGAAAGAGCUGAAGCUCCGUCACAGCUACUUGAACACCAGGAGGUUUCAUGAGGCAUUUCAUCAGUGUGACAAGGAUGGCUCUGGAAUCGUGGACAAAGGAAUAUUUUUGGACCUUUGUGAUAGGUUGGAAGUGCCAACCAGCACCAUUCUUCUUAAAAAGCUCAUUGACUAUUGUUCCUGUGGAGAAGACUAUGUAAACUACCGUGACUUCCUUCGAGCCUUCCCUAGUAAUCUUUUCCCAGAACCUGAAGCACAAGACGAGCAGUUAAAUACCCAGGUGACUUGAAGACCUCAUGCUUCAAAAAGGAUGUUCCAGUCUUCACCUUUGCUUCACUCACUCUCCCCCUUUCCAUAGUACUAGUUAAUUCCACCCUUAUUUUGUUAACUUUUUUCUUCCCUAACCUCCCUCUGCCCUUUUGGCCACCACCAAACUCGACUUCACAACUGCUGGAUGUUGAAAUGAAACUCACAGAAGAAAAUUUCUGAGAACCAAAGUUGGGUUCUCCUGUUGAUCUCUCAACUUUUUAGUAAAGUAUUUUAGAGAGCUGAAGCUCUGAAGCCUGAAGUGAAAACCACUCUAGUUUUCUUUGAGAGUCAAAAGGGCCUUUCACCCUCAAAUAGUGAAGACUGCCAGUUUACAUUGUUUUAAAAUUGCAAUAAAAAUGCAGUUGCUAUAAAA